UCUGCUCCACUUUACUUGCUCUUCACUGUCUCCCACUUUCAUUCAGAAAAUGGCAAAACCUUCGAUCUCUGUAUCUAACCCUUUUCUCCAACUCUUUCUAUUUCUCACUUUCCACCUUCUCCACCGCCUCUCCACCGCCGCAUAUUCAGUCGGCGUAAAUUAUGGCACCGUUGCCAAUAACCUUCCUCCACCCACUCAAGUUGCCAGUUUCCUCAAAACCCAAACCACCAUCGACCGCAUUAAGAUCUUCGAUGCCAAUCCUGACAUCCUCCGCGCCUUCGCCAACACCGGGAUUUUGGUAACCGUCACCGUCGGCAAUGGCGAUAUCCCUUCCCUAGCUAAGCUUCCAGCUGCUCAGGCAUGGAUCGCCAACAACAUUUUACCCUUUCACCCCAAAACAAUCAUUAAAUACAUUGCGGUGGGCAACGAGAUCCUCGCUACUUCUGAUAAAUCGCUAAUAGCUCACACUUUACCGGCCAUGAAAGCUCUAAAAUCAGCUCUUGAGCUUGCUAACGUCACUAAUAUUCAAGUCUCGACGCCUCACUCUUUAGGUAUAUUAUCCUCAUCUGAGCCACCGAGUACUGGUCGGUUUCGAAAAGGCUACGAUCAAAGAAUAUUCGCUCCGAUUCUCGACUUUCACCGCAAAACGAAGUCUCCUUUCAUGGUUAACCCAUACCCGUACUUUGGCUUCAGGCCAGAGACGUUGAACUACGCGUUGUUUAGACCAAAUGCCGGCGUUUUUGACCCGGCGACAGGGAAGAACUACACCAACAUGUUUGACGCCCAACUCGACGCGGUUUAUUCGGCUAUGAAAAGGUUGGGAUACGAGGACGUGGACAUCGUGGUGGCGGAGACCGGUUGGCCUUCAGUGGGCGAUCCGAAUCAACCAGGCGUGAGCAUGGAAAACGCGCUGUCGUACAACGGGAACCUCGUGAAGCACGUCAACUCUAGGAAAGGAACGCCGUUGAUGCCUAACAGGACUUUCGAGACAUAUAUUUUCUCUCUGUUUAAUGAGAAUCUGAAACCAGGGAUUUCGGAACAGAAUUUCGGGUUGUUCAAGCCGGAUCUGACCCCGGUUUACGACGUCGGCGUUCUACGCAAUGCUCAGGCAAAGGGUCCCACGUCUGGAACAAGAGCGGUGGCACCGUCCUCAAGUCCAGACCGUAAAUGGUGCGUCCCAAGAUCGGACGCUAGUGAUGCGGCGUUGCAGAAGAAUAUAGAUUACGCGUGCAGCAGUGGAAUAAAUUGCAGGCCCAUACAGGCAGGUGGGCCGUGCUUCGACCCAAAUACAGUGCGGUCACAUGCUUCGUAUGCAAUGAAUGCGUACUAUCAGAGCUUUGGGCGGCAGGACUUCAACUGUGAUUUUAACCACACCGGAGUGGUGACUACCACUGAUCCAAGUUACGAGGCGUGUAGCUAUCCGUUUAGCGAUCAAAAAAUGGAAGAGAAGUCGGUGGCGGGAGAGUCGAUGAGAUUGUACUGCAGCGUAAAGGAGCUGCUACUGGUGGGUGGGUGCUUGGUAUUUGUAAAUUUAUUUUUCUAUUAAUUAUUUUAACUUUUUUAUAUGUAAUUGUGGUGGACGAUUAGAUUAGGGUAGGUCCUCGCCCUUCUUUUUUGUUUCUUUUAAUUUUAAUCAAAUUUUGUGUAUUAUUGGGGUGCUGGUCUUGCAUCUAUUGUACUUGUUAACCCUGGAACUGAUCUAGUAUUAUAAUUAUUAUCAAUUCAUCAUGGUUGUGCAUC